AUUUUCAUUCAUUCAGUGUUAUUAUUAGAGGGAAAUGGCGAAUGAAGCAAGCAUGGAGAAGAAGAAGCUCUUCCCGAAUCUCUGAACUUCAAUUUUCUCAGAUCUCUCUUUCUAUCGUUCGUUCAAAUUCACAUCAAUCAAUUCGAAUCGUUCCUCUACGAUCCUUUCAUUUCGUUUUAUUCCUAAUCGGUUUUCGGUUGCUGAGAAAGUGGGAGUGAAGAGUCUGAUGUAUUGUGAGGGGGAGGAGAAGCAAUGGAGUUGUGGAAAAGCUGGUACUGUGAAUUUGCGAAAAGUGAGCUCGUUAGUGCGCGACAUUCGAGAUCCUUGCCUUUCUCAUUCUCCUGUAAAGGUACACAGAAUGCUUAAGCCAGACAUAUGGGAAGCUUUGUCUGAUAGUGAAGGAAAGGUUUUAGGAUUCCGGAAGGCACUGAAAUUGGUGGUGCUAGGGGGUGUAGAUCCAUCAAUUAGACCCGAAGUUUGGGAGUUCUUACUAGGUUGUUAUGCACUGAGCAGCACUGCUGAGUAUCGAAGAAGGUUGAGAACAGCUAGAAGGGAGCUUUAUAGGAACCUGGUUAAGCAAUGUCAAGCAAUGCAUUCAAGUGUGGGGACUGGUUCAUUGGCAUAUGUUGUUGGAUCCAAAGUUAUGGAUAUGAGGACCUCCUCUAAAGAUGAACAUAAAAUCGAAGCUAAACUAGAAAGAUCAAUAUCUAUUGAUAAUAAUGUUGAAGUAGAACAGUGUCAUGGCAGGAGCAUUAUUAGUGCCAAGGCAGCAACCGCACGUCAUCAUGAAAGCUCUGAUAAUUGGGCUGACCAAGUUAAUUUGAGAGCAAGCAUAGGUAGUAGUGCAAUUUAUGAUUCUUCUGGUCAUCUAUGCUGCAGUUCCCCAAAGACAGGGAGAGAACCAGAUGGAUCACAUAAUAUGAUUGACAGUAGUUUUGAUUUUCCUCCUUUACCUGUCACCAAUCUGUUUGAAAAGAGCGAUGAAGAUAAAAACUCGGUCAUAGAGCAUGGCAAUAAACUUUCUGCACGUAAACUAAGAUUAGAAGAUGACUCAAUGCAUAGCUUCGAUGUCAAUAACAAUGUAGACUUAGUUAUUGAAUCAAAUGGCCAACCUCUUACUACCUUCCAUCCUGUAAACUCUGAAAUUGAAAUUGCUUCAGCUGAUGAAGAUGAACCAGAAUUUUCAUCUGACAAUCCAGUUUAUGAAACACGGAUAGUAAAUCAACUAAAAAUAUCAGAUGUACCACAGCCAGCGAUGACAAGUGCCUCGAUGUCUCAAGGAUGGGCUGCCAGUGAAGAUAGAGUAUCAGAAUGGCUUUGGACUUUGCACAGGAUAGUUGUUGAUGUUGUGAGGACCGAUAGUCAUCUUGAAUUCUAUGAGGACAGGAGAAAUUUAGCUAGAAUGUCGGAUAUCCUUGCUGUCUAUGCAUGGGUUGAUCCGGCAACAGGGUAUUGUCAAGGUAUGAGUGAUUUGCUGUCUCCCUUUGUGGUAAUCUUUGAGGAUAACGCGGAUGCAUUUUGGUGUUUUGAGAUGCUUUUGAGAAGAAUGAGAGAGAAUUUUCAAAUGGAAGGCCCAACUAGGGUGAUGAAGCAGUUGCAAGCAUUAUGGCAUAUUCUUGAGCUGUCAGACAAAGAACUUUUUGCCCACCUAUCAAAAAUUGGUGCUGAAAGCCUUCAUUUUGCAUUUCGUAUGUUGCUAGUUCUCUUUCGGAGAGAGUUAUCGUUUAAUGAGGCUCUUUCAAUGUGGGAGAUGAUGUGGGCAGCUGACUUUGAUGAAUCCUGGACAUAUGAUUUAGAGGAGAAUUGUCUGGAAGCAUUGGAUUUACAUCUUCCCAGAGACUCAAGCAGUUAUAUAAAAGAAGCACUUGCUGAUUCUGAUGAUGAUAGUAUCAAGAGUGGUUCGCAGUCAAAUCAUAAUGAAAAUGACAGCACAAAAACCAGCCCGCAGCCACAUCACGGGAACACUGAUCACCCUGUAUCUGAUGUCAAAUUGAAGUUGCAUGCAUCCAAUACCUUUUGUGGCUUGGCAAGGAAUAUCUGGCCAAGAAAUGAUCGAGUUCAAACAAGAAUAAUUUCCUCCUUGGCAAGGAAAGGAAACGACGAAUUAGCCACCUUCUGCGUUGCAGCAAUUCUUGUUUUAAACCGCCAAAAGAUUAUUCGAGAAACCCACGCGUUCGAUGAUAUGAUAAAGAUUUUCAAUGACAAUAUGUUGGAGAUCAAUGUAAAAAGAUGCAUAAGGACAGCAAUCAAACUCCGAAAGAAAUAUUUUAACAAGGCAACCAAGAAAAAGAACCGCGCUGCAUAGAAAAGAGACUAGGGCAAUAUCAUUUUUAUAUGCUCUUAAGGCAAAAGCACCGAAAGGCACCGGGGAACACUUAUGCGGCCAUCCUUUUCCAAAUUGGAUCCCGGUGUUAAUUGUUUUAUUACUUAUCCACUCUGGAUGGGAGACUUUGUAGCUUAAAGUGUUUUUGCUUUUGGAGUUUCAUCCAGCUGUUGUACCCUUAUUGUCAUCAUUACUCUUUUUUAUGAGCCAGUAUGAAGGUUGAUAAGUGGAUUUUUCAUCACUCUGGUUGCUUCCAUGUCUGACAAAUUGGCAGUCUUGGACACGUGAACUGGUUAUGCAGAUAAUGUUCUUUCAACUUUUGUCCAUCUCAUAUUUCUGGACAACAUCAUGCAUAUAAGCUAUUACAACUUAGAGCAUUUGGAGUGGUAAAAGCACAUGCAUACAAGAAGAAAUGGAGGGUAGAUACAGGGGAGAGAAUUGUCGCAGUAUACGCCUAUAUACGGUAAUAUAGAGUUAAUCUUUGUGGUGGAUU